GCAAUAAGUACUAUUUUUUAUUCUACUUCAAAGCAUCUAUGUCUCCCUCUUCUUCGCUCUCUCACAUUUUCAUUUUCUUUUGUAUCCUUCUAUUUGCCUCAUAAUUUUUCUAUUGCACUACAUCUUUCGCUCACGUUGUGCAUAUUCUUUACAAUUGGAAUAUUUUAGAGAUUCUUUACAAAGUGGGUUUGACCUGUUGGAUGAUAUUAACAAUCAGUAGAAGAUAAAAGAUACCAGUCAUUUGAGUUGCCAUGGAUACCAUACUGCAUUAUCUUUAGCAGAGAGGUAUCCUCAGAACCAACUUCACAGAUGAGCUGGGAAUCAUCCUUGUAUGUGAAUCAAAAUCAUCUGCUUCUGAAUAUUGUGACUUGAACUGUUUCAGAACGUUUUAGAGAAUUUCAUUGUGUUUCGUGAUUAGUUUGAUAUAAACAUGGCUGACUCAUGAUGUCUCCAGUGUGGGAGUGUUUCUGUCACCAUGCUUUGAUUGCUGGUUAUCUUUAGAAGAUAUUAACCUCUAGGAACCAAUGCUGGAUUGGGCCAUUGUACAAUGCCUACAGGAAUUACAAAGUUCAGUAAUGAACAGGUUAAUGUAGUCAUGAACAAGCAACCAUAAUUAUAUUUGUUAUUAUCUCUCUGCAUACUGGAUUGGACAAAUAUCUUGUUGUUGAUCUUAUUUUGUUUGAAAAAACUCUUAGAAAAACUGUUUUAGAGGAAAGGAUGAAGUGUGGAUUAUAUGGUUACCAGGAAGUGAACAAAGUGUUAUUAUAUGUCGUGGAAUCAAAAUCAAUAUGCAAGAACUUGUCAUCAAUAAUUCGCAUUACAUAUGAAAAACCUUGGCGUUUGUCUAUCUAACGUGGAAUAAUCUGCACAUUCAAAAGGCAGUGCGUCGCACGGGGAUAGGGCAGCUGCAAAAGACACCAUCCGUCUCCCAAAAUAACCAUGUUUUAUAGAUUGUGCCAGGUUUGUCAGGCCACCGAUUCAUUCAAUCUUCAUGGAUUUAUGCAUCUCAAUGCACAGUGUCUAUGGCCCUAAUUUGCAUAGAUGCAUGGAGGUAUAGAUGACUAGUGAGGUUGUUAAUGUGCUUUCCUGCGGGCCAGAGUAUAACGUCGUCCAUCCGCAUCCUCUCAAGAGUACAGGAUAUUGUUUCAUUAGACGUGCCGGAGCUCUUUAGUUGGGAUCUUGUAUUUGUAAUAGUGGAUGGAUAUUGGCGUAGCUAAGAUAGCAUUGAGUGUAUAGACGAUGGAGCAUCAUGCUAAUGUCAAGAAAUAUGAGCAGUUUUGGUUAUCAAUUGCUCCACGGUGGAGUAUUCAUCUGGAUUAGAUUUAUUACAGAGGUGGCCAGACAGCCCUCAUGUGCGCAGCCCAAGUGGGAAAUCUAGAAUUGGUGCAAGAACUCUUACUCAAGGGUGCUGACGUCAAGGCCAUGGAUGAGGACAAGUGGACACCACUAAUCUUUGCAGCAAGGGAGGGACACCUGGACAUAGCCAAGGCUCUCCUAGACAAAGGGGCUGAAGUAGACCAUGCAGAUGUGAAUGGAUGGACACCUUUGAUGUGGGCCAGUUAUAAAGGCCAUACAGAUGUUGUUGUAGAACUCUUAGAAAGGAAAGCUAACCCCAAUGUUCAAGCCCAUCAUGGGGUUACUCCCAUUAUCUGGGCAGCAGGGCGUGGUCACAGCGGAGUGGUAGCUGCUCUUCUUUCAUCAGGGGCAAAGGUCAAUUCUGCGGACAAGUAUGGUACAUCUGGUUUGGUAUGGGCUGCCCGGAAAGGACAUGUGGACUGUGCAAGACUUCUCUUAGAGCAUGGUGCUAAUGUUGAUAUGGCAGGCAUGAAUUCCUGGACGGCCCUGUUAGUAUCUGCAAGGGGAGGCUACAUGGAUGUUGUUCGGAUGCUGUUAGAGAGACAUCCAAACAUCAAUGCUGUGGAUAAGGAUGGGCUGACAAGCUUGUGCUGCUCUGCCAUGGAAGGACAUACAGAGGUCACUGAACUAUUGCUGAAUUCAGGUGCCUAUGUCAAUAUACAAGACAAGCAUGAUGACACGGUCUUGAUACACGCAGUCAAAGGGGGUCAAACAGAGGUCGUCAAGUUACUUCUCAAGAAGUUUGCUGAUGUAGAUAUCCAGGGUGAUGACAAGAAGACAGCAUUAUACUGGGCCGCUGAGAAAGGUCAUGUAGACAUCUUAGAAGCAAUCUUAGAUAGCAAUCCAAACACUGAAUUAGCAGCAAAGGAUGGGGAAACCCCUUUACUGCGAGCAACGAGAAAUCGAAACCGAGAAGUGGUUAGAGCGUUGCUUGACAAAGGAGCCAAAGUAUCAGCAACUGACAAGAGAGGAGAUACUCCACUUCAUAUAGCAAUCCGAUUCAGGGAUAAGAAGAUCUCUGAAUUACUUCUAAGAAACCCUAAAGAUGGUAGGCUACUUUAUAAGCCUAACAAGGAGGGGGAAACCCCUUAUAACAUUGAUUGUAAUCAUCAAAAGGGCAUCCUAACACAAAUUUUUGGUGCUAGGAGUUUCAGCCCCGGUGAUGAGGUAGAAAAUGAAUUAAGUGAUCUAUGUAGCAGUUCAUUAGCUGAUAUCCUCAGUGAACCCACCCUCCUGCCACCGGUUACAGUAGGUCUGUAUGCACGCUGGGGCAGCGGCAAGUCUUUCAUCCUCAAAAAGCUGCAAGAUGAGAUGUAUCAGUUUGCUCGUCAGGACUACCAGCCCAUCUUUCGUUUCACUUGUUGGGUGUUUGUCUUAUGUGUGCUGAUAGGUCUUGCCAUAGGAACAAUAGUUCUAUUUAUUCCUUUCAUGGUGGAUGAUUUCAGCUUCAAGAGUACUCUUAGUCAAGCCGGUGGGGUUGCACUGGGUGUCUUUCUUUUAUUGUAUAUUAUCUUAGCUUUAGUAUAUUUUGGUCAUCGUCAGAAAUGGAGGGGGUCAGGGAAAAUGAGUGAAUGGCUUGCACGGCAAUUCAACUACUUUCGCCUUGUGAUGGCGCUGUGCUACUGUAAUCCUCCUGUCUCCUCAGAAAGGACAGCUAAAGUCUUGCCAGUUAGGUUUAUAUUUGGAGAUCACCUCCACCUGAGCAAUUUAGGAAGUGAAGCCCCUCUAGCUCGAACUAUUGGUAGCCUAGGGGUAUCAUUAGAGAAAGAGCUCGGUACACUGGUAUCUAGGCUCUAUAGAGUGAUCCAAUCAAGACCAGUAGAUGGUAAAUCACAUUGGAAGAGGUACUGCUGCAUUCCCAGGUUCAUAGUGACUUUAAUAGUUAUAGGAUGUUUCAUAACAGGACUUGUACUUCUAGUUUAUGAUAAAACCAGAGGAGACCCUAACCGAGAGGUCACUAAAGACAAAAUAGCCAUCUAUGUCUUGGCAAGCAUUGUGGCAUUAUCAGUACUGGCAAACCUCUGGAACUUUGUCCAGUUUGUCUAUCAGAUGGUGUACCCUCCGAGGAUGAGGAUGGAGAGAAAGGCGCGGCAGGCAGGACAUAUGAAACCUGAUGAUUUCUUGCGAAGCCUGAAGCAAGAGGUGACCACGUUGACCAACAUGACCCAGUGUAUGGAUGCCUUCCAAGGAGUCCAGACGCGGAUGGUGGUCAUCGUCGACGGGUUGGACAGCUGCGAGCAGGAGCAGAUCUUGAACAUCCUGGAUUCCAUCAAGGCAUUGUUCUCUUCCCCGUACUCCCCCUACAUCACAAUCCUAGCCAUUGAUCCUUACAUCAUCACUAAGGCCAUUGAUCAGAAUCUUCAUAAUGUCUUCAAGGAGUCAAAUGUCCGUGGACAUGACUACCUUCGCAACCUGGUCCAUCUACCAUUCUAUUUAGAGGUUGGUGUUCGACUGAAGGACAGCGCAGAGAUGCCACUGGCCAAUCACGUCUCUCCAUCUACUUCAAGGACGGAGAUGACGAUUGUAACAGCCAUCCCAGGGGAUUCCCCACCUCGGUACGGCAGCCCUGAUGCAAUGAAUGCACCUCUACUACAGAGGCAACGAUCGACCACCAAGGAUCUAUCUCAGAUGCUCUCCUCUGAUGAACAGUUUAGUGAUCUUAGUCCUCGUAGUAUGAGAAGAUUACUCAAUAUCGUCUCAAUCACUGGUCGUCUUCUGCGUGCCAAUAACAUCUCUUUCAAGUGGCAGACCUUGGCUCAUUGGAUCAACCUAACUGAGAGAUGGCCAUAUCGGAUCUCUCGUCUCAUAGUGUACUACCAAGAGAAUGAAGAACAUAUUGAAGAUGAUGUCAUUCUCAAGGUCAUUACUGACAGGAUCAGUGAUGAUCUUCUGACGCUCCAUGAAUCAGACCCAUUUGCAGACUUGGACCAAGAUGGACGUAGCUUUAUGGUUUGUCUUGCCAGGCAUACCCCUCAACUAACCUGUGGGGAUCUCAGAAACUUUCUCUCAUGUACCUGUAACCUGGAUCCACAGCUUAGGAAACAGAUCAGAGAUUCCAUUGAGACCACAGAUCCUGCAGGAACACUUCCAAACAUGAGUAGCCUGGUCAGACCACAAAGCUUUGCCCAUAGCUUCCCUACCCAACCCAUCGCAUCACGAGCCUCCCUCUACUCCUCUAUCAGUGAUACCCCAUCGCGUCUCAACUACCAAAUGAUGGCUUCCAAUCCUUUCAUGAAGAAGAUCCUACAAAGUCCUGCAUCCACCCCUCAGCCAGGGAUUCUCACUGUCAAGGACGUUUGCGACAGACUUCUUAGUCUGGACGGCAUCGACAAACAUUCGAUUCCCCGUUACCAGACUCGCAUCGCAGAACACCACAUCAAUGGCCACGUCCUGUUACAGUGUGAACUUGAUGAACUCAAGACAGUCCUGGACAUGACGUUUGGUGAUUGGCAACUCUUCAAGGCCAUGGUGAUGCAGAUGAGAGGUCAGGCCAUGAGCGCCGCCGCCACUCCACAUAGCCCCAGUCAGGCCAGUAGUGACCCUCUGGUAGAUGGAGAGGAAGAACCGGAGGAGAAGCCAGAGGAGCCGGUCGAUCCGGCCAAUGACUAUCUUAACCUGAGUUACGAGGAGCUGCGGAAGAACUCACAGAUGUCGUCACAACGGUCAUCGAUUCAUAACUCGCGUCUGUCCCUGGGGACAUUGAGAAGCGAAUCCUCUCACCCAGAGACUUCCAGUGGUGAGAACACACCGGCAAGGAAGCGCACAACAAGUGGGCCACAAAAGUACUCCACGUCCACGAGCCUCGCCGGUAUGUUGGUCAGCAUGGAUAGUGGCAUUGAACAAAGCAAUAAAAAUAUUCAGGAUGGUGCUCAGCAGACUGUUAGUGUAGGUACUAGUGUGAACAAUACUACUGUGACAACCACACCUUCUAAAAACACCAGGGUUGUCCCAGUGACAACCACCGCCAAAUCAACAGCCAGCGUAGGGACCAGCACGGGGCAGAUGACGGUUGCUGCUGUUCAUCCGAGCAGCAACGGACAGAAACCAAGUGAUGGAGGAGGAGGAGAGAAAGAGGCAAAUAGCAGUACGUCAUCAGAGAGUAGUACUGAUAUCACAGCACUAAGAAGAGAUAGCAGAGGAGACAUAUCAGAAGAUGAUGCUACUCUCACACCUGAAGAUGCCAAACAGGAAACAAGAACUACAUCUUUGUUAAGUAGUGGUGGUGGUGAUAAAGCAAAGCAUAAAUUAGAAAGGCAGAUUCAGGAAGUGGAAGAAGAGGAGGAAGAUGACAAAGAAAGUUCACCAUUAUUGCAAAUAAAAGAGCCCAUAGACAUCAAAUCAAAGAGCAAAGUUAAGGAAAAGUUGUCGAAUGGGAGUGUAAAUGAGAUGUUGACAGAGAGUAGCGAGAGUCCGUUGCACCUGUCGAGCUUGGUAUCAGGAGAAGAAACCAGUAGCAGUGAGCAGGGCUCACGACCGGUUGAACAGGAUGACCGUUAUCAAAUAAGUCCCACCCUUAAAGAGCAGGUCACAAGAGAUGUCAAUAAAAUGUUUGAGAACUUGCAGACAGAAAUUACAAGUCGUUCCAAGGAAGGUCAGCCCACCGUAAUUACAAGUCCUACGACGGGUCGGAUACGCGUUAUACGUCCUGUCAAAGUAGAGCAGCAAACGCAUGAUUUAUCAUUGCUUGCUAGUUAUUCCACCUUCAUACCACCGGUACGUGAGUUAGACAGUGUGCCAGAGUCGCACGUGGCAAGUUCCACGUCAGUGUCGUCCGUUGGGAAGCAGCGACGUGUCAUGGGAGGGAGCCCUAUCAAACAUUCGCAAUCCGUGGGGGCCAUUCCCGCCCCCUCACCGUCCAUCACCAGUCAGGAAUCCUACAGCCGCUUCUCUGAUACAGGAGCCGGUCUCCAUGAAAACAAGCGGACUUUAGACCAAAGCUUUGACGAGUUCAUCAAGCUCUCGCUGGGCGAGCAGCGCAAGAAGCGUCAUCAGAUUCAUACACAGCUCUCGUUUGAGAAUGAGAGGAAGCCAGGGAGAGGUGGACAGCGGCAGAUGAACCAGAGCGAACUGAUCAGGAGAUCGGCACCCAUGUUACUCAACCCCAUGGGACGAUCUCCCGAACAAAGCAUCGACAUCGAUGAUGAAGCCACCCCUACCACAGAGAAGCAGAAGUCUGUGGAUGAUGGUCAUUCGGUUGUUUGAUAAAGCGCCCUCUUUGUCUGUUAUAUAUUAUUGGUAGUACUGCUCAUAGAGAGUAACUUAAUCUUGCCAAAGUAUGCGCUUUACCCAAGAUUCAAGACUAAUUGUGGUACGUUCAAAUAUUACUUGAGCAGUAUGAUUAUGUUAUCUGAUAGAUAGAUCUUAUUGAAUAUGAGAGUGUCAUGGAAAGCUUAUAUAUAUUUUAAAGUAUAUAUAUAUAUUUGAGAAUGAUGUGAUGUCUCUUCUUUUCUAGCAUCGAUGCACAUGGUUGCAUUUUUUUCAAAGUUUGCUGUGCAAAAAUAAAUUUUGUCAGGAUGGCAUUGAUGCCAGCUUUGGUCAACAGUAGAUGUUGAAAGAAUUGCAGAGAAGAUAAACAUAAAAUAAAUAUCUUUAAUGGGUACUAUUAAAUAAACUUUGUAAUAAAAUAUAUGAAUUUGAAUAAUGUGGUGUCUGUAAUUUUUCAUGAUCGUUUCAAAGCUAUAUUUAAAUAAAUUUUUGCUAUGUAUUGAAUGAUAUUCAUUUUAAACAUAAAGUGGUAACCUAAUUAGUUUUAUAUUUGUGUAAUAGAAUUAGUAUAUGUAAAAACACAAUGAUCCUAAAAUUCUUAUAUCUGUAGAAAUUAGAUCAAUCGUGAACAACUAUUUAAUUGAUAAAUUUUUGUAUUUUGUUAUGCUUUCAUUUCACAAAUCUACACAAAUGAUCCUUGUUAAAAUUUUCAUCCCCAAGUAAAUUCCAUGAAUGUCCUGUAAUAAAGUAACAAAUUUGAAUACAGAGAUAAUUCUAUUUCAGCUAUGAAAAGGGACAAGGGUUUGACAUGUUUAUGAUUUUAAUUGUAAAUGAAAUGUGAGAGUGAUUUGUCGUUUGCAACUAUAUUUAUUUUUUCAUUUAUUUUAUUGAUUGAUUGAUUAAUGAAUGACUGCACAAAUGUGUGUUUACUGACCUUUGUAUCAGUCAGUAUUUUUCCCUUUGACACAUCAUGGCCUGGUUUGGCCUCUUAAAAGUUUAUGGGGCUUUACGGAACCAGAGUGUAAAAGGGUUAAUACCUAAAUGUAACCUCUACAAACUUGAACUUUGAAGCACUGAUAGGAAAGGGGUACACCUGAAAAUGGAAAGAAUGAACUGAAGACUUGCAAUAAUAGAAGAAAUUAUUUUGUGAUCCAGUUUAUGUUAUGAAUGUUAAUGAAUCCAGUAUCCCUCUGUUAUUGCUGUAAUACCAAUAUCCAUUUCUCAAUUCAUAGAAUGUUGAAAAAUCUGUUUUUUUGUAUAAAAUGGGUUCAUUAUAAUUGAGUUCAUUCAAUUCCUCUUGAGUUUCACUUCUAGGAUUAUUAGCAUCUCUUAGAAAUAUUUGGUUCUUCUUUAGUAAGUCAUAAUUAGCAUUGAUCCUACACAUGAUCCGGCAGCAACUAACUGCUUAUUAAAGGUUUAAAAAAAUUACAGGUAUGGUUUGACUGAAUGUCAAAAUGAUUAAGAAUGUAAUUAUUAAGAUGAAUUGCACUUUUAUGGGAUUAAUGUGUAUUAUUUGGUUUUGAUUGGUGACAACUAAAUAUUUACUAUUGAUGAGCAGAUUUUUAAUGGAGGCAAUUGUUACAGCAGCAAUUUUUGCAUUCAAAUCAAGCUAAUUCAGAAUGUUGUCUCAUUUUCAUUUUCCAAUUGCUGUGACAUUCACCUCAUUUUUGCACUCAUUUCAUGAACUGACAAUAAUUCAAUUUUGUACUUAUUAAUGAAAUGAUGAUAAUUCACUAUUGUACUUAUUACAAUUAUUAUUCUUCCCAGAAAUUUGAUGAAGAACCCAUGGGUUUCCUCUUCACUAUUUCCACUGGAUUAAUUGAUUGACUGGCCUAUCUUGUAGGAUGAUAAUAGUAAUCUGUUAUUUUAUGAAAAGCAGUAAGUCUAGAAUAAAAGCUCACAUAGGUUAGAAGGUGCAAUACAUGUACAUCUUAUUGAGCUGAGAAAUACCAAAGAAACAAUAAAAGCCACAGAGUCACCAGGUUAAGUACUAUUUCAUUAUAAGCAGUAAAGGAAUAUGACAAGUAUUGCUAGUUCUAUCUCAUGAGUCUUCUUUCAUGUACUGUAUGAUGAUAGUACAUUCACUGGAUGACGUAAACCUGAUUAAUAACAGGUUCAUUCAUAAUCUUUCAAAAAUACUAAUAGCAUGUUACAACAUUAACACAGUGACAUUAGUUUCAUAGACUCUAAUGAGUUUGCACUAGUCCGUUUAAGUAUGCUUCUUGUUUUUUUUUUCUUCACCAAACUAAUGAGGACGUAUAGCUUUUUUCUGCUGAAUAACUGCAUUUUUUAAAACAAAAUUCUUUCUCUUUUUGUCAGAAAUGAAUAAAUUGUCAUAAUGCAGUUUGGUGAAUACAUAACUAUUGUCCAAUGGAUGAUAAAUUGGUAUUUAAUUCCCAGCUAUUCACUUCAUUAAAUUAAUAUUUGUUCAUUGAAGGUACCAUAAACAAUACAUUUAUAUUCAUUUAUUUACAUUAAUUUACAAUACUGACAAAUGUAUUCAAAAUAAUGAAUAUAUCCUUCCCCUGAGUGCCUAGUAAUAUUCAUUCCUAUCUUGUUGUCAUGCCGGGUAAGCCCUGUAAUGGGCUAAAGUGUCAGAUACAGUUGUGAAGAGAGUAAUGAAUUUGAAGCUAAUUUCAAUCACUUCAAAUCAAUCAUAAAUUGAUAUGAUUGCAAGUGAUCUUAGGUAUCAAAUCCAUUCGCAACUGUAAUGACAGUGUACAAAUAGUCAGUACAGUGUGGUAUUAUUUGAUCUACCAUUGAUAUAAAGUUAUGGUAUGUUGAUAAUGUGUGGGAACCAAUUUGAACCUCAUGAUUUGAAUUUAUUGGUUGUGAAGUUGAGAGAAUCACAGUGGCAACAUUAACAUACAUGUAUUCAAUAUCAAGUUAGAGAUUGAUUUUAUUGGAAUGUCUAUUUAUAUAUUGUGGGAUUUCCACCAUACUUUCAGUUUUCCUUUUCUUAAAUGAGCCUCUUUUGCUGGGGGGGGGGGGUGUUGGGAGUUAAAUUGUCCCAUUUUGAACUGCUUUAAAAAGCAUGUUUUAUUAUCGUUGGUCGAAAUCUACUAAACAUUUUCUUAGUUUUGUGUCUCUUAUUUAUCUUGCUUGCUGAAUUUCUCAUUAGAAAUUUAUAUAUUGGUAGAUACAUAUAGGUAUAAGAACAAUUAUUUUACCUAUUCCUGUCUAAUUUGAUAUUUUGGUGAUCUGAUUUCUUGCAAUUUUUGGCCUUGUGUGUGAGUAAAUGAAUAAAUGCAAAUGGCUAUAUGGAUUAGAUCAUUGUUAUAUUGAUGAUUAUUAUUAUCAUUGAAGCUUAGACUUUUUAGGUGCAAAACGAUAUCUUUUUAUUUGCAGCUUGAGAAGUUUUUUGUCCAAAUUUUCCAUAAAACAGCAAAAUGCAUUUCUAUUAAGUGAUUUAUAAUCUAGCCGUACAGGUACAUAAAUGCAUGCUUUUAUGUGAAAGGGUCUUUUUGUCUACCUAUCCCAGUCUCAUGAUUGUUUUUAACAUGAGGGGUGUUUAGUAUCACAGUAGAUUUACAAUUAUACAUUGCAUUUCCAGUAUAAGAGAGCCAAAUCAUUUUAGGUCAUCGUUUGUCAUCUGUAUAAAAAACAAAAUUGUGUGCAAUUGCCUAGUUUGAAGACAGCAGAUUAUCAUAUGGAGAUGAAUUAUAAUGUACUCUCCAUUUCGCUGUAUUUUAUGUUUUGUAUUUAUUUGUAUAUUUUGAUUUGUCGAUAUGGGGAAGAAGUGGAGCAGAUUCUACUUUAUUUAGGAAUUUGUUUUGUUUUUGUUUACAGUACAAAUUGUAUUUACUGAAAUAGAUGUUUUUCUCCCUUUUUUUAUGCCCACAGUUUUGUCAUACAUGUAUCUCACAUGCUUUUUAUGUAGGAUGUAGAAUACAUGAAGGCCAUAUUCACGUUUGAUAUUCCGGUCUGUCCUUACAAUAAGAUACUGGUAGUUAGAACACAAUGUACAGUAUUAACAGAUGAGAUGUGUGAACAGUUUCUUAGUGUAUGGUGUACCACUAUGAAUUUUUAACCUCAUACCAAGUGUUGAAACUAUUUGAAAAUUGAUGAUGAAAAUAUAUAAAUAGCUUUCAUGGCAUGAAAGCAACUUUGAAAAAAUG